AUGAAAGGCUUCACACUGAAGAAAGACAUUAUGAAUGCGGAAUAUUGCAAAAUAUGCAGAAAAGGAUUCACAACAAAAGAUUACUUAAUACGACAUGAAUUUAUUCACACUGGAGAACUGCCUUAUGAGUGCGAAAUAUGCAAAAAAAGAUUUCCACACCAAAAUUACUUAAAAAGGCAUUCAAUAGUGCAUACUGAAGAACGUCCUUAUGAUUGUGAAAUGUGCAAUAAAAAAUUUAAAUCAAAGGAAGAUUUAAAACGUCAUGAAAUUACUCAUACUGGAGAACGUCCACAUGAGUGUGAAAUAUGCAAUAAAUCAUUCGCACAGAAGACACAUUUAACAAGACAUAAACAGACUCACACUAAAGAACAGCUUUAUGAAUGCGAAAUAUGCAACAAAACAUUCUCAUCGAUCCAAUACCUUAAAUCACAUGAAUUUAGUCACACGGGGGAGAGUCCUUACAGUUGUGGAUUAUGCCAUAAAGCAUAUGCAACAAAACAAUCAUUAGGACGACAUGAAAAAAAAUUUCAUGCUGGAGUACAACCAGAACACAAUGAACAAAACUUUUGA